UUAGGUAGACAACACAGGGGUCUAUAACACAGGGAACCAGGCAGAGAGAGUCACAGGAGGAAACAUGAGGAUCCUUCUCAGCCUGCUCCUAGUUCUUCUACUCCAGCAGGAUGGACGUGCUGAGAGUCCGGAAGAGGAUGCUGUUCCUAGUGGACCUGUGUCCAAAUCUGGAAACAAAGCAAGUGCUUCAAAGUCUGCACCACCUGCCCCUGUUCAGCAGCCAUCCAAAAUCGACCCCCGUGAUCGGCUGUUGCAGCAGUGUUUGGAGGCAAACUACACACACCUCUCAUGCUCAAAAGUGUUCUGUCCACCAUGGAGGCGCUGCAUCUCAGGACAUUGCCAGUGCAAGCUGCCCUAUCAGUGCCCACGUGUGGGCGACAGUGCAUGUGGACUGGACAAAAAAAGCUACCUUUCCUAUUGCCAAGCACAAGCAGUGGCUUGCAGAUCCAACAAAGCGGUGUUCUCUCACUUCGGUUUCAACUGCAAAGAUGCAAAGGGAUUUGAGGUGCAGCUACAUAAGCUCGGUGACAUCGAAGUGGUUCAGGUACACACUGAAAAAGGGAAAGCUCUGGUGUGUGCAGAUAAAACAUGGAACAUCGCUGCAGCCAAUGUUGCCUGUCGUCAUAAGACAGAAUAUCCCAGAGGAGCAGCUGCUACCAAGAAGCUGAAAAUUGAUGAAAUUAAAAAUAUCUCUUUGGGGUUGUCUCAGUGCAUGAAUGUAAGAUGCACAGGAUCUGAGCUCUCCCUGGCUGAGUGUACCCUCUAUAAGCCUCGAAGUGUGGGGAACUCUGAGAUCGCUGCAGUAAAAUGCUACACGGCUCUUGAAGGUCAGAAGUGUACAGAUUUCACCUGUGUAAAUAGUAAGUGUAUCCAGUGGAAACACAUCUGUGAUGGAAUCGAUCACUGUGGAGAUAACAGUGAUGAGAUGUGCUGUAAAAGUUGUGAAAAGAGCUUCCACUGUAAGUCUGGAGUGUGUAUUCCGAACUAUGCCUUAGAGGACGGAAUCAGAGACUGUCUUGGAGGAGAGGAUGAAGUCCCUGGAGUAAAGUCCAGUAAAUCCAAGUCUUCUGCUGAAGAAACCCCUGAAAAAGGCACGCCUGCUGAAGAGAAACCAGAAGAAGAGUCUCCUGCUGAAGAAACCCCUGCAACAGGCACGCCUGCUGAAGAGAAACCAGAAGAAGGCAUGCCUGCUGUAGUGAAACCAGAAAAAGGGUGUCCUGCUGAAGUGAAGCCUGCAAAAGAGUCUCCUGCUGAAGUAAAGCCUGCAAAAGGCUCUUCUGCUGAAGUGAAGCCGGAAAAAGAACCUGAAAGAGACUUUGCUCCUGAAGUGAAGCCGGAAAAAGAGUCUCCUGCUGAAGUGAAGCCUACAGAAGGUUCUCCAGCUGAAGUGAAGCCAGAAAAAGGGACUUUUUUGUCAAACCCGAAGGAAGCUAUCCAGCUAUCUAGGGACUUCACAGAGAGUCAGUUGAAGUGUGGUAUUCCAAACAUGGAAUAUGUUUAUAGGCCAGAAGAUAAUAAAAAACAGAAACGCAGGAAACGAGUGGUGGGAGGAGAAGAGGCUCUACCGACUCAGAUCCAGUGGCAGGUGGCAGUGCAGGAGGACGGCAGUAUUAACUGUGGGGGGGUGUACUUGGGGGGUUGUUGGGUUCUGACUGCUGCCCACUGUGUCAGGCCAAAACCUCAGCACUUCAAGAUUAAGUUCUCUCUGUGGAAAAAGCACACUAAGCAGCAGACAUCUGAUAUAGUUCCAGUGAAAAACAUCAUCAUUCACGAACAUUACAACUCGCGAACCUACCAAAACGACAUUGCACUGGUGCAGCUGGAGGAGUUAAACACAGAGAAAGAAUGUAUAAACCCCAACCCUGCAGUGAGGUCAGUGUGUGUACCGUGGUCCACUCUGCAGUUCCUGCCCGGGGACACCUGCACCAUCUCUGGCUGGGGCAGAAACAAAGAGGGACGCAGUGCAACCGUUUUGAAAUGGGCCAACGUGUCAAUUAUUGGAGACUGUAAAAAAUACUACAAGGAGAGGCUCUUUGACGGAAUGGAGUGUGCAGGUGAUUUGGCCGGCAGUGUGGACUCUUGUCAAGGUGACUCUGGGGGUCCGUUGGUGUGUACAGAUGCCAGCGGUUUAUCAUAUGUGUGGGGCAUCGUGAGCUGGGGAGAGAAGUGUGGGGAGGCUAAUUACCCUGGCGUUUACACUAAAGUGGCCUACUUUUUUGAAUGGAUCCGCUUCCACACCGGCUGGCCUGCAGUCACCAAGUACAACCACUGAGGAAGAGCAGGAUGUUACAGAGCUCAUAGUAACCUUGCUAUAAUCUUGAAAUAUCAUUGAGAUGUUCAGUGUUGCUUCAGAAACUUGUGGGAUUAUGUUUAGUAAAUAUGAGUGGAAAGCUGUUUAGUACAAAAUAUUUUAAACUUUAGAUUCCAUUAAAAUGUUCACACAACCA